UCCUUUGGCAGCUUCUUUCUACAGAAUGAAGAUCUUUUACUAUCUUCUUCAUUUUCUCUGUUAUAUGACCUUCAUUCUACCAGCCAUAUGUACCUUGGUGGAUCCUGAACGAUGCUCAAAAAUGUACGGUCAAUGUAGAACACGUUGUUAUAAAAUUGAAAAGCAAAUUGAUAUAUGCUACUCACCAAGUAAGAUAUGCUGCAUUCAGAGGGCGUUUGAAGAAGAUUUAUCUUGAAAAGGAAGAUGUACCUCUGACCAAAGAUGCAAUGUGUGCACCAGUACAGAGAGGUGUAGGAAUGUAAUUAGAAGGUCUGUAAUAAACAAAUACAUAAGCUGAUAUCACUAUUCUCCUUUGUAGAUGUUAAUUACAUUUUCAAUGGAAUGAGGUAGGAUCUUCUAAUCUUCUCAGGGCUGGAGCUUUAAUAGAAGCAUAUUUCAUAUUAAUUUCUUAUCAUGAAUGCCAUGUUUGCAUCCAUGUAGGAUGAUUUUUGAUGUGUCAGUGGUUUACCUAAAUGUACACAGUUGAACAUUUCCCAACUUAACUACAACUUCACUACAAAUUUAAUUCAUGAAAAUUAAUACUCAUAGGCUUAUCAGUUGUCUAAAUAAUCACGUUAUUGACUUGAAGAGAUAGGAAACUUAAGUACAAGAUGAAUGCUAGAGCUUCAGUAGAGCAUGGUGAUGCUCACUGGCCUUCUGCCUCUUCUCCCAAGGUCCUUUUCAUUCAAAAAGACAUAUUAUUUUAAUACUAUCUCAUGCUGAUACACUUGACCCUGGAACAACACAGAUUGGAACUGCGAGGUCUAC